AUGUCGGCGGCAGUUCUCACCACCCUCCAUGUUCUCUCCAUCGCCAGCGCCAUCGCGGCAGUGCUCGCUCCGUCUCCAGGGUUCUGGAGGAUCUACAAGACUCGCUCGACUGGCUCCGUGUCCGUCCUCCCGGCCAUCCUCAUCUUCUGCAACUGCUACGCCUGGGUCUGCUACGCGCGUGUCGUGAACAGCGUUCCCCCACUAUUUGUGGCGUAUGCGGUCGGUAUGCUGGCCUCGAUCGCCUUCGCUGGUAUCUACUACCACUGGGCGCAGGACCAUGCUCAGAUCCACAAGCUCUACGGCCUCGCGUUCAAAGUACUCGCCGCAUAA